AAUUUUUAGAGAGAGAAAGAGAAAAAGAAGAUAUAAAAGACCAUUUGAGGACCUUUGAGGUUUACCUAAAAGAAGACUCUAAACUGAAGUACACUAAUCCAGCAAUCCUAUCCAGAGAAGGCGUUGCGUUCAUCGCGCGAUCAUCGUUUCUUACUGUAAAUCUCCAUCUCCGCAAAUGAAAUCUGACGGUGAAAAUGGAAUUGGAAGCAACAUCAAUGGUGAUGUGCAGAAGGAUAUUACGAAAAGCGAUGAAGAUGUUCUAACUAUUGUUGUUUCGAAUGGUGAAUUGGUUAAUUCGUUACAAGGAAGUUCAGAAUUGCCUCCAUCGAAUCUUACUGUGAUUGUUGAUUCUGCUGAUGAGGUGGUGGUCAGUACGAAUUCUCCUAGGAAAGAAUGUUUAUCGAGCAAUGCAAGUUCAUGCGAUGAAUGCAGAGUUUGUCAGCAGGAGAAGGAAGAGAAUUUGAUAGACCUUGGAUGUCAAUGUCGAGGUGGACUUGCCAGAGCACACAAGUCUUGCAUAACUGCCUGGUUUCAAAUACGUGGCUCCAAUAUGUGUGAAAUAUGCCAACAAGUUGCUGCCAAUGUACCUCCUCCAGAAUCUCAGCCACAUCACACAAGUUACUGGGUGUGGAGGACUGAUCCAGGUUUUAGAGGGUCCAUCAUUGCACAAGAACAAAGAGGAGGUGUUAACGCUCUUUGGGUUGCAUUUGCAAUACUAAUUGGUGGUCUUUUACUGGACGUUCUUAUAUCCAUUACCCUUGGCGUUUCUGCAUUACCCGUUAACAUCAUAAUAGGUGUUAUUGUUGUACUUGGACUUGGAACUACUAUUCGUCUCGGGCUUGAAUACUGUCAAGAAUGGAAUGCAAGAAGAGUGACUCGGAGAGUUGAGACGACUAUGCAUAUGGGAUAUCAUCCUGCUUUGUAGAAUAAUAAUGUAUCGAUACCGAAAUAAUUAACCUUUCUUUUUAUACAUGUAUUCUGAGAUUUGUAUUGUUAUGUAUAGGAUGGGCGUCAUUCUGAACCCUCCUUCGAUCGAUAUUAGCAGAAAUGAUCUUGUCGUCGAUAAAGGUAUUGUUCUAAUGUGUAUUUUGUUAUUGGCAUUGAAUUCUUAAGCCAUUGAGAUACUAUGUAUGUUCUUACUCACUUUUAUAAAGUUUACUAAAAAAAGACUUUUGACUUAGUUUCUUGAAUAGAAGAGUUGUUUUAUU